AUGGCAUGGGGUCUACCAAAACUCCCUGGGUUAAUAUUCUCUGAUCCGACGAAGUCACAACACCACAUACGCAGUUCGCUUCGGUAUUACCAAGGACAUAGGUUUCCGGACACCAUCAUACGAGGACCUGGCGGAACCGCUACUGAUGUGGAUAGUAACGCGUUUGCUUUGCCUGAUGAUUCCGUCAAUUACGAUCCUUCCCUAACGUACGGACGAGUGAAGCAGCCAGCUCUACCUGCGGUGAUACCGCACUGGGUACACUACGACAAGAGGUGCUUGAACUUUACGGCGUUCUUUAAACAAACAGUCUAUGACAAUCCAGAUGAAAACUACCGCGUUCGUGUUGUAAACAUUAUUUACUUUCUUGAAGAUGACACGAUGACUGUAAUGGAGCCUCGAGUUAAGAACUCUGGAUUAUGGCAAGGGAGGUUAGUAAAACGGGGGAAGAUACCAAAGAAUGACCUCGGUGAGUUUUGGCAUUGGAAAGAUCUGGAUAUUGGCAAGGACAUUUGUAUGUACGGAAAAGUAUUUCAUACGGUCUCCUGCGACCUUUUUACGAAGGAGUGGCUCGAAUCACAAGGUAUAGAGCUAUCAAAGGAGGAGGAGUUACCAGUAGAUGCGUAUACUGAGAAGGAACGCUGGAAGUCCGUACAACCUCCUAAGAGGAGUAAACCUCACGACGAUGCAUUGAGAAGAUUUCUGGAAUACGAGGGAAAAGUAUUAGCCUUCAAUGUGGUGUGGGAUAACAGAGACGUUGAAUAUGGAGAACUCACUGAAUACAAAAUGUUCUACUUUUUGCAGGACGAUACCAUCGCUAUUAAGGAGUUGCACGAUGGAAGGGGGGGAAAAGAUCCAUUCCCUUUGCUACUUAAGAAGAAAAAAUUACCAAAAAAGUGGAAAGAAAGACCAGUGUCAUUCCCAUCGAUUGCGAUGGAAACAACAGAAGAGGAGAUAACCGAGUUCUACGCGCCGAGGGACCUUAUUGUUGGAGAAACGAUUUUCGUUCUCGGCCGCCGUUUUCUUAUAUUUGAUUGUGAUAGCUUCACCAGAAAAUAUUACAGGACAAUGCUGAACAUAGAACAACCACCGCGCAUUGAGGUCCAUCAUGAAAAGAAGAAAGAGUUUCCUAAGAGUAUUCCGCCUCAUAUUGGUAUCGGCACUCCCGAAGACACCUUGCAGUCCUGUUACGGUUUAAUUCCAAAACCUCCACACAAAGACAUUAUCAAGUACAACCUCAAUGCUAAUAAGUAUUUGCGUUACCUCUGCGAGCUGGACUGGAUUCACCCAGAGGACAAAGACCGUAAGUUUGUCCUGUCCUACAGCCUCGCUGAUGGUACUGUGAAGAUAGGAGAAAUACCACGUCGCAAUUCAGGCAUUCGCGAAGGAAAAUUUUUGAGUGCGAUGCGCUUACAAACACCAGAAUCAGAUCCUAACUUUCCGACAUACUUCACACCAGAAAGAUUUUACAUUGGUGCAACAGUCCCCGUCUUCAAGCAUCGUUUUAAAAUAAUCGGUUGCGACCUCUUCGUGUACCGCUACAUGACUGCCAACCCUGAGAAGUUUCCGCAAGAAGUUAUUGAUAAUGUUCGCAACUAUCACAUGAGAGAAGGCAAUUUGAAAGAUGAACUCGAGGAUGCAGUUCGAGAGGAACAAGCAGAAGAGAUGAGAGCGCAUUUGGCGAAGAUUGGGCAAGCGGCGGUAGCGGAACCGAACGCCAUGGAGCGGUGUCUCACCGCGCUAGACGUGGUGGAAGGGAGCGCAGCGCCGCCACGUCCUCCCACACCGCCCAUGACCACGGACCGUAUCUCUUAUGACGACUCCCUGCGUAUGGUUAGACAGAGUAAGGCAACAUGCGACAACGUAGUACCGUUGAAGGGUAUACUCAAAUCGGGGGCCGCUCGAGAUGAUCAUCAGAAGGUUGUCUGCUUCAGUGGACCGGCUGUCGAAGAACGACGCGAGCCCGCUAAACACUCGACGUAUCCCCCAGGACAACAACCACAUUAUAAUGAAGAUAAGGACUUCUGCGAUAAAUUUAAGGAUGCAGACGCAAUGGAACGUGCGGAACGCCGCGCUGGAGAUUUAUGCCCGUACGAAAUCGUUCCGAGCGAACAAGUACAAAACGCAACGGGCGAUGAAGCCCCGGCGAAACCUCAUUUGCCGGGAUACCUUGGCUCGUACGGCGUCGAUUGUAAAGAGGUACCCGAUUAUAUGCGUUUACAACCGGACGCCUACGAUAAGGUCAAAAAUCUUCGUCGUGAGGUGCCGCUAAUUUCGCCAGCUGCAGUACGAGUCUCCGCCUAUCCGCAAGAGGCAAUGCCUCCCCUGGACGCCUGCAAUGAACCUUUAAAUGAAAAACCGUGUGAGACAAGGACAGAAGAUGUUUCCUUCUCUUGCCCGCACGUAGAACCAGGGUUGCCAUUCUGCGAUCCUGAUAAACGUGGCCAGUAGAUUAAUGGUGAUUCAAGAUUACAUUCACUGCCAUUUUUUUAAAUAAAUGUUCUGAUGUUGUGA